UAUUGGAAACAUCUUCCGAUGAUGUCUCCGCCCCACAGCGUCCCACAGCACAUCUCCGCUGGAGAUGUGAACUCGAAAUAUAGAUCUCUCUGGAGAAACAUGAGAAGUGUGUGAUGGUUUGCUUCACCACGUCUACGGAUAAAACGUUCGCCACGUCAGCUUUGCCGCCGAAGCACAUAAGACGCAAAAAACCGCAAAAAAGGUCUCGUUGAGCUCUCUAGCUUUUCAAAUCCACCGAUUACAUCGACGAAGAAAGGGAUUUUUUUUCUUGAAAAUUUUCGUUAAAGAUGGCAAUGAAAUUACAGCAGCAUAGCUUCAUCUCUUCAAGCUAUUCAAAUCCAUGCCUUACACAAAAACCAAUUAGGGUUCACUUGUUCUGUAAAGUGGAUGAUCUGAACCAUCGAAUACGUGGAUGGGGUAGUCUGAGGAAGAGAUCUCGUAUUAGACAUGCCUUAACAGAGCAUGAUAAGCACAGUUAUAUUAUGAGUUUGGUGCAGUUUAGAAAAUACGGUAUCAUUAUUUGUAAAACUCGAAGGAUGGGACAUAUGUCUCCAUUGGCAUCAACUGAUGAUGGGGUAACAGUCAAUGGUAUCCCACGUGCUAGCACUGAUGUGGAGGAAAUGAAGAUCAAACUUAACCAAUCAUUGCAAGCUGAAGAUACUAAAAAUGGUUUGGUUCAGUCCUUACAUGAUGCAGCCAGAGUUUUUGAGUUGGCAAUUAAGGAGCACGGCUCGUUAUCCAAAAUGUCAUGGUUCUCAACAGCAUGGCUUGGUGUAGAUAGAACUGCAUGGAUUAAGGCACUAUCAUACCAGGCUUCUGUAUAUUCCUUAUUACAAGCAGCAAAUGAGAUUUCAUCCCGAGGAGAUGGAAGAGACAGGGAUGUUAAUGUUUUUGUUCAGCGGAGUUUAUUACGGCAAUCUGCUCCUUUGGAUGACCUAAUCAAGGACAAGUUGUCGGUGAAGCAGCCUGAAGCUUAUGAAUGGUUUUGGUCCAAACAACUUCCAGUGGUUGUGGCAACUUUUGUUGACCACUUUGAAAAGGAUCCACGCUUUACUGCAGCUACUGCAGUGUGCGGGGAAGGUGUAUCUGAGAGUCCUGGCAAUAAAAGUGAUGUAUCACUUCUCAUGCUUGCACUGACUUGUGUUGCUGCAAUUACUAAGCUUGGACCAGCAAAAGUAUCUUGCUCACAGUUCUUCUCUACAAUCCCAGAUCUAACUGGAAGAUUGAUGGAUAUGCUUGUUGAUUUCGUUCCAGUACACCAAACUUAUAAUUCCAUGAAGGAUAUUGGCCUACGCAGAGAAUUUCUUGUUCAUUUUGGCCCUAGGGCUGCAGAUUAUAGAGUGAAAAAUGAUUGUGGAACAGAAGUAGCUUUUUGGGUGGAUAUUGUACAGAAACAGCUGCAGCGAGCUAUUGACAGAGAGAGGAUAUGGUCAAGGCUUACUACAUGUGAAAGUAUUGAGGUAUUGGAAAAGGAUUUGGCAAUUUUUGGUUUCUUCAUUGCCUUGGGCAGAAGUACACAAUCCUUUUUAUCUGCAAAUGGAUUUGAUGUAAUAGAUGGUCCUAUUGAGAGAUUCCUAAGAUAUCUUAUUGGGGGGAGUGUGUUAUACUAUCCUCAGCUCUCAUCAAUUAGUUCCUAUCAGCUGUAUGUGGAGGUAGUUUGUGAAGAGUUGGAUUGGCUUCCUUUCUAUCCAGGUAAUCUAGGUCCAUUAAAGCAAACUCAUGGCCAUAAAAAUAAACGAGAAGGACCUCCCAAUGGAGAAGCUAUUUCCCAAGUAUUAGAUGUAUGUUCUUAUUGGAUGCGGAGCUUUAUUAAGUACAGUAAAUGGCUAGAGAAUCCUUCUAAUAUUAAAGCAGCAAGAUUUCUUUCCAGAGGGCACAGCAAAUUAAAAGGAUGCAGGGAAGAAUUGGGGAUACUAAAGAAAGGAAUGAAGGAUAAUAAUAUAGAAUCUCAAAGUAGACCUGGGUCUUGCUCACCAGCAGAGAAUGGACUGGAUUCCUUUGAUGAGGUAUUGGAGAGUGUUGAAGAAGCUGUCAUAAGAUUAGAACAAUUGCUUCAAGAGCUACAUGUCUCCAGCUCCAAUUCUGGUAAAGAGCAUUUAAAAGCUGCUUGUUCUGACCUCGAGAGAAUUAGGAAACUUAAGAAGGAAGCUGAGUUUCUUGAGGCAUCUUUUAGAGCAAAGACUGCUUCUCUUCAGCAGGGAGAUGAUGUUGAUAGUCGCUCAGUUCCAUCUACUAUUGAGCAGCAGUAUUCAAAUAGGAGAAACAUAAAAAGUAGUAAUGUGAAUCUAAAUAGGAGUACCCAAGAUGAAAUCUGUGCAGAUAGGGAGGUUAGUAACCAUCAUGGUUUUUGGAGCUUCUUGGUGCGCCAAUCUACUGCAAAAAGGGAAGCCAGAUCAUCAUCUUUGGGUCGCAUUGAAGGUGAACCUUUGGAGCAGACUACUGCAAAUGUUGGUGAUGCCGACUCUGAAUCAAAUGAAAUUCGCCGGUUUGAACUUUUAAGGAAUGAACUAAUUGAACUUGAGAAAAGAGUUCAAAGAAGCACUGAUCAAUCUGAGAAUGAUGAGGAUGUUAAUAUCACUGAUAACAGUAUCAGUUAUAGUGUUGAACAUGGAGACAGUCGAUUAUUUCAGCUGCAAAAGAAAGAAGGUGUCGUUGGAAAAUCACUUGACAAGCUAAAAGAGGCUAGCACGAAUGUUUGGCAAGGUACUCAACUACUAGCCAUUGAUGUAGCUGCUGCCAUGGGAUUGAUGAAAAGAGCUCUUACAGGAGAUGAACUAACAGAAAAAGAAAAGUGUGCACUGCGAAGAACUCUGACUGACUUAGCGUCAGUAGUUCCUAUUGGCAUUCUUAUGCUUCUCCCUGUUACUGCUGUUGGACAUGCUGCCAUGCUAGCAGCUAUUCAAAGAUAUGUACCAGCUCUGAUUCCUUCAACAUAUGGACCUGAGAGGUUAGAGCUCCUGAGGCAGCUGGAGAAAGUAAAAGAGAUGGAAACCAAUGAGAUUAAUCCUGAGGAGAUUGCAGAGGGAAAUAGUCUGAGUAGGACAAGUCCUGAAAACCCAUAGCUCUUGAAAUGAUGCCCUUCGACAACAGAUGACUAUAGAGAAUUUCAUUCCAUGUGUCUGGCACUCCAGGGAGGCACCAGUGGCUGCAGUCUUGCGGGAAAGGAACUGGAGUGCCUGGUUCUCGGUGGAUUGAAGGGUGACCAUCUUUUCUGAACUCUGUAAGAUAUGUAAUAUUUAAGAGUUGUACACCUCUCAUUGUAUCUUUCAUAUUCUCAAUUGUUUCAGAAAUAAAACGGUUAUUCCAUGGCUCAGGCUCCAGCAUAGUGUAAUUAGUUUCUGGUGCCACAUUAAUAUCGCAUCGACCCCCAUCCUUCCAUGUUCCAUCCCUGCAAUUUUGUGAUCUCAAUAUCAUAACACUAUUUGUUAAUUUAUUGUAGUUUACUUUGAAUGUAAAGUACACACUUUGAUGAUACUGUAGAGAUUAAUUUAUUGUAGUUUA